GUAGCAGAGGCCCGGGUGUAAAGAAGGGGUCCCACCGCGGAACGAGUAGCAAGAGCGACAGCCGUGGAUAUCCUAGGAACAAUUACAAGUAUUUCUUAGCCCACACUGUCAGUUGAAAAGCAAACAUCAGAGCAGAGGUUGCAAUCACAGUCCUGACACUUCCCCUUUGUGUGUAGGUCUGUUUCCAGCUAAAUGUGGGGGAGCAUCCAGAGUUGAAAGAGAGUGAAAUUAUCAUGAAGCCCAGAUUAUGUGUUGUCUGCUUAUCCAUAAAAUCCCAGAUAUUACCUUGAACUUGUGAACCGAAGAGGGUGAUGAAAUGAGAUAAAGUGGAGCAGCUCAGUCCCCCGCCCCCCCACCGCCACCUGUUUGAAGAAUGGCAGGCCUGCAGCUUGUCACCCCUGCCACCUCACCCAUGGGGCCUUUCUUCGGGCUGCCGUGGCAGCAGGAGGCCAUCCACGACAACAUCUAUACGCCUCGGAAAUAUCAGGUAGAACUUCUUGAAGCAGCUAUUGAACAUAAUACUAUCGUCUGCUUGAAUACUGGCUCAGGGAAGACCUUUAUUGCAGUACUUCUAACAAAGGAGCUCUCCCACCAAAUCCGGGGACAUUACAAUGAAAACGCAAAGAGGACCUUUUUCCUGGUGAACACAGCUGUGUCUGUAGUUCAGCAAGCAGCUGCAGUCAGGACUCAUUCUGACCUGCAAGUGGGAGAAUACACGGAUGUGAAGGAGACCUCAUCAUGGACUAACCAACGGUGGAGUCAAGAGAUAAUGGAGAAUCAGGUGCUGGUCAUGACCUGCCACAUCUUCCUUCAUGUUUUGAGAAAUAAAAUCUUACCGUUGUCUAAAAUCAACCUAGUGGUGUUUGAUGACUGCCACCUGGCCAUUACUGACCACCCCUACUGUGACAUCAUGAAGCUGUUUGAGGGCUGCUCGGGCGGUCCCCGUAUCCUGGGGCUCACAGCCUCCAUCCUGAAUGGGAAGUGUGACCCGUCAGAACUGGAGCACAAGAUCCAGAACCUGGAGAGAAUCCUGAAGAGCAACGCUGAAACUGCCACGGACCUUGUGGUCCUGGACAGAUACGCCUCUCAACCCAGAGAAGUGGUGCUGGACUGUGGCCCCUACACGGAUAAGAGCGGCCUCUCUUCCUGUCUGCAGGCGGAGCUGGAUGACGCUCUCUACUUCCUGAGUGAUUGCAACAUCUGUGUUAGCAGAGAGGACCGCGACCCCACGUUCAUCUCAAAACAGGUUCUGGGGGACUGCCGGGCCGUGUUGCAGGUCCUGGGUCCCUGGUGUGCCGAUAAGGCAGCGGGCAUCAUGGUGCGGGAGCUCCAGAAGUACAUCAAACACGAGCAGGAGGAGCUCAGCCGCAAGUUUCUGCUCUUCACAGACACCAUCCUGCGAAAGGUGCACGCCCUCUGCGAGGAACACUUCUCGCCUGCCUCGCUGGACCUCAAGUUCGUCACCCCCAAGGUCCUCCGGCUGCUCGAGAUCCUGCACGAGUACAAGCCCUUUGAGCGGCAGCAGUUUGAAAGCGUCGAGUGGUACAACAAUCGCAACCAGGACAACUACGUGUCGUGGAGCGACUCGGAGGACGAAGACGAGGAUGAGGAGGUGGAGACCAAAGAGAGGCCCGAAGCCAACUUUCCCUCACCCUUCACCAACAUCUUGUGUGGCAUCAUCUUUGUGGAGAGGCGCUACACAGCUGUCGUCCUCAAUCGUCUGAUCAAAGAGGCGGGGAAGCAGGACCCGGAUCUGGCUUACAUCAGCAGCAACUUCAUCACUGGCCACAGCAUCGGCAAGAACCAGCCGCGCAACAAGCAGAUGGAGGUGGAGUUCAGGAAGCAAGAGGAGGUUCUCCGCAAGUUCCGGGCUCAUGAAACCAACCUGCUGAUCGCCACCAGCAUCGUGGAGGAAGGCGUGGAUAUCCCCAAGUGUAACCUGGUGGUGCGGUUCGACCUGCCCGCAGAGUACAGGUCCUACGUCCAGUCCAAAGGGCGUGCCCGAGCUCCAGUCUCCAACUACAUCAUGCUGGCAGACAGCGAGAGGACCAGGACCUUUGAAGAUGACCUUACCACCUACAAGGCCAUAGAGAAGAUCUUAAGGAACAAGUGCUCCAAGACGGUGGAGGUGAGUGAGUUUGAAGUGGAGCAGGUGCUGGAUGAUGACGACAUCCUGCCGCCCUACGUACUGCACUCUGAGGACGGAGGUCCACGGGUCACCAUCAACACAGCCAUCGGACACAUUAACAGAUACUGUGCCCGGCUUCCCAGUGACCCGUUCACCCACUUGGCACCUAAAUGUAAAACUGCGGAGAGGCAGGACGAUCGCUUCCAGUCCACUCUGUACCUGCCCAUCAACUCCCCUCUGCGAGUUCCUCUGAAGGGUCCCACAAUGAACUGUGCCAGGCUGGCAGAGAAAGCUGUCGCACUUCUAUGUUGCGAGAAACUUCACAAAAUAGGUGAGCUGGAUGAUCACCUGAUGCCGGUGGGGAAAGAGACCGUGAAGUACGAGGAGGAGCUGGACCUCCACGAUGAGGAAGAGACUAACGUACCAGGCCGGCCCGGCUCCACCAAGAGGAGGCAGUGCUACCCUAAAGCCAUACCCGAGUGCCUGCGGGACAGCUACGCUGUAUCAGAGCAGACCUACUACCUGUACGUGAUCGGGAUGGUCCUCACCACGCCUCUCCCUGAUGAACUCAACUUCCGCAGGAGGAAGCUCUACCCACCGGAGGACACCACCAGGUGCUUCGGCAUCCUGACCGCCAAACCCAUACCUCGGAUCCCACACUUCCCAGUGUACACUCGCUCGGGCGAGGUGACCAUCUCCAUCGAGCUGCAGAAGUCUGGCUUUGCGCUGGACACCGCGCAGCUCGAACUCAUCACACGCCUGCACCAGUACAUCUUCUCCCACAUCCUGCGCCUGGAGAAGCCCGCGCUGGAGUUCAAGCCCACGCUGGCCGACUCGGCUUACUGCGUUCUGCCUCUGAAUGUCGUUGGGGACUCCCACAUUCUAGAUAUGGACUUCAUGUUCAUGGAGGACAUUGAGAGGUCCGAGGCCCGCACUGGCAUUCCUACCACUCAGUACACCAAGCAGAACCCCUUCACCUUCAAGCUGGAGGACUACCAGGAUGCGGUCAUCAUUCCAAGGUAUCGGAACUUUGACCAGCCUCACCGCUUCUACGUUGCCGAUGUGUACACAGACCUGACGCCGCUCAGUAAGUUUCCUUCGCCAGAGUACGAGACGUUUGCCGAGUACUACAAAACCAAGUACAACCUGGACCUGUCCAACCUGAACCAGCCGCUUCUGGACGUAGACCACACCUCCUCCAGACUGAACCUGUUAACCCCUCGCCACCUGAACCAGAAGGGCAAAGCACUGCCCCUCAGCAGUGCAGAGAAGAGGAAGGCCAAGUGGGAGAGUCUGCAGAACAAACAGAUCCUGGUUCCAGAGCUGUGUGCUAUUCACCCCAUCCCCGCCUCCCUGUGGAGGAAAGCCGUGUGUCUGCCCAGCAUCCUCUACCGCCUCCACUGCCUUCUGACCGCCGAGGAGCUCCGAGCCCAGACCGCCAGCGAAGCCGGAGUCGGAGCCCAGACCCUGCCCCCGGACUUCAGGUACCCAAACCUGGACUUCGGCUGGAAGAGAUCCAUUGACAGCAAAGCGUUCAUCUCCUUAUCCGACUCCGGCAGCGAGGACGACGAGGCUGACUGUCCGUUCCAAGAGACCGAGAGCCCUGACCCAGAUCCACUAACCCACCCCAGAAGUUGCAGCUCACCCCAGCCCGAGCAGGGACCCCAAGCGGCCCCCGAGCCCGGAGAAGCCCCGUGCACGAGGAAUCUAACCAACGGCACUGCCGUGGUGACAGACUGCGAUAACGACGGCCAGCAGGAGGAGCCCCUUCACCAACAUGACAAUGGCCAACGCUCGCAGCCCGGCUCCCCUGGGCGGCAGAGUGCUGGAUGGACACAAAGCACUACCUCAGUUCCCGCUCAGCGCUCUCACAGCUCCAUGAAGCCCAGCUCCAGUCCUCCGCCGCUGAGUGAUGAAUGUACACCAGGGAGGACCUCGCACCACGCAUUGAAAGCUACCUCAGUCUGCAGCCCGGCAACAACGGCUCCUGACGCCCCCACAGCACCUUCUCCCGAUCCGACCCAGACCGGAGACUCCCCCAAAAGCCUGGGGCCCAACCCCGGCCUCAUCCUGCAGGCCCUGACCCUGUCCAACGCCAGCGACGGCUUCAACCUGGAGCGGCUGGAGAUGCUCGGAGACUCUUUCCUCAAGCACGCCAUCACCACGUACCUGUUCUGCACCUACCCCGACGCUCACGAGGGCCGCCUGAGCUACAUGCGCAGCAAGAAGGUGAGCAACUGUAACCUGUACCGUUUGGGGAAGAAGAAGGGGCUCCCCAGCAGGAUGGUGGUGUCCAUCUUUGACCCCCCCGUCAACUGGCUGCCUCCUGGAUACGUGGUCAACCAGGACAGGAGCAGCCCAGACAAACUGGACUCAGAGGAGGCUGAAGAGGAGCCUGCGGCGAACGGGCAGCCGGGGAAUGACUCCGACGUUGACGACGAGGAAGCCGAGGAGCUGGACGAGGACGGGGAGCUGAUGCUGAAGGAAGAGCCAAAAGACGAAGUCAACAUGGAGGACGACUUGGAGUACUACAAGGAGCACAUCAAGUUCAUCGACAACAUGCUUCUGGGAUCCGGCGCGUUCGGUAAGAAGAUCUCGCUGAGCGGCUUCCCUCCCCCUCCCGCCCCGGCAUCGAGCUCCUCCCCCGCCACCGAAUCCCCCUACGAGUGGAAGGCGCCCAGGAAGCGCCACCAACCGGCGGCGGCCCACUACACCACGGAGCCGGCGCCCAGUGUGGAGGAGUUUGACUACAGCUCAUGGGACGCCAUGUGUUACCUGGACCCCAGCAAGGCGGGCGAGGAGGACGACUUCGUGGUGGGCUUCUGGAACCCAUCUGAGGAGAACUGCGGCGCAGAGCUGGGCAAGCAGUCCAUCUCUUACGACCUGCACACGGAGCAGUGCAUCGCCGACAAGAGCAUCGCUGACUGUGUGGAGGCCCUGCUGGGCUGCUACCUGACCAGCUGUGGAGAGAGAGCCGCCCAGAUGUUCCUCUGCUCGCUAGGCCUCAAGGUUUUACCGUUGGAGAGAGGGACCCCAACUGGAGCGGUGGUGCAGAGCGCUCAGACCUCCACCAUGGACCUGGGCUACGGCUGGCUGAAGAUCCCGCCUCGCUGCCUGCUGGACCAUCCGGACGCAGAGCGAACUCUCAACCACCUCAUCUCUGGCUUUGAAAACUUUGAAAGGAAGAUCAACUACACCUUUCAGAACAAGGCGUACCUGCUGCAAGCCUUCACCCACGCUUCCUACCAUUACAACACCAUCACAGAUUGUUACCAGCGGCUGGAGUUCCUUGGCGAUGCAAUUCUAGACUACCUCAUAACAAAGCACCUUUAUGAAGACCCGCGGCAGCACUCUCCCGGCGUGCUGACCGACCUGCGCUCAGCACUCGUCAACAACACCAUCUUUGCCUCUCUGGCCGUCAAGUACGACUACCACAAGUACUUCAAGGCCAUCUCGCCGGAGCUUUUCCACGUCAUCGACGACUUUGUGCAGUUCCAGCUGGAGAAGAAUGAGAUGCAAGGCAUGGACUCCGAGCUGCGUCGCUCCGAAGAAGACGAGGAGAAGGAGGAGGACAUUGAGGUCCCAAAGGCUAUGGGGGACAUCUUUGAGUCGCUAGCCGGAGCGAUUUACAUGGACAGCAGCAUGUCUCUGGAGACGGUGUGGCAGGUGUAUUAUCCAAUGAUGAGACCCCUCAUAGAGAAAUUCUCUGCCAACGUGCCCCGCUCUCCUGUGAGGGAGCUGCUGGAGAUGGAGCCGGAAACUGCCAAGUUCAGCCCCGCAGAGAGGACGUAUGACGGGAAGGUCCGAGUGACGGUGGAGGUCGUCGGUAAAGGCAAGUUCAAAGGAGUCGGCCGCAGCUACCGGAUCGCCAAGUCGGCGGCAGCACGAAGAGCUCUGCGCAGCCUCAAAGCCAAUCAACCUCAGGUCCAAACCAACUGAGCCCUCAGCAUCAGCACCGAAGCUCCCGACGCUAUGGGAAAGGAGAAGAAAAGGCUGCAGCAGCUCUGUGACGCAGCGCCAGUCCUUCAUCCUGGAACACCAUGGAGACGCACACAAGCAGCAGAUUUCACCACGGAUCUUUUAUUUCAUUGUUUUUUUUAGUUUUUUUUUUUUUAUUUUGUCUUGUUUUUCUGCGCAAACACAAUCUUUGCUUUCCCUCUCCGCGUUGUGUAAUCACACGAGCGCUUUAUCAACGUUCUGCAACGUGUUUGAAAGAAGGUCAGGUUGCAAUGUCUACUCCUCACCCUUUCAUUUGUUCAAUUCUAUGUCAGUACGAUUCGGCUUCUGCUCAGUGUGUAGUGUCCGACUGUACGUAGUUCAAUCAAAGUAGGAAGAAGGAAACAACGGGAGAGAAACGCUGACCUCCUGAGCCUGUGCACUAGUGGCUAACGGCGAACAGACACCACUGGAGGGGCCCUUCUGUCAGGAAACGGUAUUCUUAAUCAUUUUUGCACUUAUUCCUUUAGGGUCUGUUACUCUGACAACUGUGUGGCCAUGUUGACAACGAAAUCCUAUACGUAGCAAAGUCUAUAAAUAUAUAUAUAUAUGGAAAACAAAAGAGACGUGAGGAAUAUUCUCCUUCACAUCCUGCUAAUCGGAAGUCCAACAUUCCCAGUGACUGUAAUUGAAAGUAGUUUAUGUAUGAACCACGACAAUUGGAUUGCUCCCUUAGACGUGACCCGGAUGUGGAGUGAGCCUGGGGUCAGCGGCAUUACCCUGAGGAUCCGGUUUGGUCUCGGCGGAAUGGAGGGACUCGUUCUCGUGCACUAAACGUCUCGCUGGGCCGAUCGUCUGCUUCCGAUCUGAGAAGAGGACGCAUUCCACGUGCUCCAGACUUUUCUACGUUGGACACUCGUGUUGAGGCUCAGAUUGUUUCCCAAAUACUGUCUUCUUUUCGUGAAAAAGGCCAAUUAGUUUCUACACACAUGCCGUGUGUCCCAAAGCUGUAACCCAUGUGACACUACGAGCCUGCAGAUGAGGACAGCAGCCUCUUUAGUGCUUUUCCCUUCAUCAAUGAGCCCCUUUUCACUUGAAUACCUCAGUUAAUUGCAUGCAUUUCCUCGUCUUUAUAUAUAUUCUUUUUGUUUGGUGCUAUGUUUUUGUAUUAAGCUUGAAUCUCAUCUUUUUUUUUGCACUGUAACUAUAAUACCUCUUUAUUUGACCUUUUGGUUUUGAUUUUGAUUUGGUUGACCGUUGGUCUGCAGCCUCGUGUCCUCCUAUCCGACUCAAGGUCGACACGGGGGGGUUGCUGAGAAAUCCUUCUUCUUCUUUCCUCGUUCACUAGCUGUUCAUUCCAUCAGUUGAGAAUCUGUUUGUGAAUUCAGGGUUAAAAGCAACAGAGGAUUGACUGAUGCGAGGGGCAGAGGACGUUGUACUUGUUGCUCUAAAGUCCACGCAGGGCAUUGAUAGUGUCCUCGUGAGGCGGGGUCCAAAGAGACCUUUCACCUGUGUGGUUUCUCCUCCACAGUCCGAUCAUCCCACCAGCAGGUGCUUCUACCUCAAAACAGGAGACUGAUGUCCCCCCCCCCCCCCCCGCACACAGAAUACAACACACAGCAGUCUGUCUCAUGUCCUUAAAGCAAACAAGCUUGAUGGGUUAAGGCAUGUAUGAGGAAGGGCCAGAUAAAGUAUUCCCUAUGCUUCUGUUCCUGCAGCAUGUGGCCCCCGCCAUCAUUUCUCUUACCUACAAUGGCCCCAAGAGGCUGCUGCAGAGGACCGUGUGAGUACAGUCACACCCCUGCAGCACCUCAGUCUGUGGCUCACACACACACACACCCACAUACACACACUGGCUCAAUACAAUAAUUAUGGCUUGUAUUACAUUUGGUCUGCAAAGGGGGGAGGGGGGGUACUAAUGUGGAAUCCUCAUUCGGUGCCCCACCCGCUCUAUUUCUGUCUGUGACUGAUGGAAACAAGGAUCAUAUUGGAGUGUGUUAUUGUUGUUAAAGGGGGGGGUGCGGUGCUGGAGAUGAGUCUUAGUGUGUUCUCGUACGGGCUGUUUAAUUCACUCUUUUGGUACAUGUAGCACAAUGGAUCAUUGCACUUGGGCGCCAGACUUGACCUCAUGUCCCCCGUGUGAAGAGGGGCAGAGAACAGAAGUGCACAUAUGAUGGCGGGGUGUGAGGACGAGUCCCCCGAGAGCCCCAAACCUGCCAGUUGGUUAUCAUCAGAGAAUACACUGUAGCAGAGUUGGGGGGGGGGCGGGGGUGUGACAAAAUCCAUUGAUGACUUGAGCGGUGAAGUCAGGACGUGACUCUCUGUCCUUCUGCAGUGCCGUGUUACCCCCCCCCCCUCCACCUUGAGGCCAACCGCCCCACCUUUCCGGUGAGCUUCUGGGGGCAUCGUGACGAGUGACAGCAGAGCCCCCCACUCCUCAUGCACUAAGAAAAUCCAUUUUAACCUGAGAAGUAGCUGCAGCUGUGUAUUGCAGUAAAGCCAAGGCCAAGUACUACAUGGAGCCAAUAGAAGAGGAAUACUCCAACAAAGUACCUCCAAUUUGUCCUUAUUGUAAUAUUUGGGUCUCCUCAGGGUGGGGCAGUGGGGGCGCUUUAGGUUUAAUAAGUCACAUGAUUUUUAAUAUUAGUUCCUCAUUAGAAUUUGACUCAACGUCCACUGCCGAUGCCAAUCUCAUUUAUUGGAUCUGGAUGUGAUGUCGUGUCAGGUGCAUUUGUCUGGGCAUUCAAUCAAUAGAAAUGCCCCCAAACAACAAGACAAUGACCCCCCCCCCCUUUCCAGCAGUUGUUGGGAUUUUUCCUUGAAAGUCGGGCUGAUUUAAUGUGAACCAAGAACUGAAGGUGUUGUGUGGAGAUGUCAUGAAGCCAUCAUAGGGAGACCCGUGCUGGUGGGAUGAGGGGGGGGCGGACCAGCAACAGACCACCAGCACAGUGGGUGGAGCGAUAGACUGGGGGGGGGAGAUUCUGGGCCGUCACAGCCUGCAGCAAAUGGCUAAGAGACAUUGGAAUAGACUCCCUCAUACUGUACACCGUGCUGCACCUUAUGGAUCAUAAAUACCUUUAACCAUGUUUGUUUGGAUUUCUUUUUCUUUUUUAUAAUUGUAGCCCAGUAUAUCAACAAUAAAAGUAAUGGUAUGCUCAUUCA